AUGAAACUUAAUAUACCAAUAGAUCAUGUAACCUUGACUGGAUCAAAAAUUCAUACACUGGCUUCCAGAAAACUUAUACAAGAUUUGGAAGAAAACAGAUCAUUCAUUAAUCAGCACCCUAAAUCUAAAGAUAAAACUAUUCCUGAUUAUAUAUUUAAAGAUUAUAUUGUUAACUUGGGAAUAAAAUAUAAUCUAAUCUCAAAAUAUACAAGACACGUUCCAAAUAAAGCAUCAUCACAGAUGUCACCGCAAAUGCCUGGAUGGUUUUGUGGUUUUGGAACUAAUACUAAUUCUUAUACAUUGGGCUUGGCUGCUCCAAUAAAUGCAUCAUUUGGAUUUGGAUUCGGUGCUGCUCCUCGACUACCAACGAAUACACUUUCUUCAUAUGUUGCUGCUUCUCAACCACCAACGAACUCAUCGGCUUUAUUUGGUACUGCUUUUCAACUAUCGACGAAUUCAUCGUCUUUAUUUGGUGCUGCUCCUCAACCACCAACGAAUUCAUCGUCUUUAUUCGGUGCUGCUCCUCAACCACCAACAAAUUCACCGUCUUUAUUCGGUGCUGCUUCCCAAACACCAAUGAAUUCACCGUCUUUAUUUGAUGCUGCUCCUCAGCCACCAACGAAUUCACCGUCUUUAUUCGGUGCUGCUUCCCAAACACCAAUGAAUUCACCGUCUUUAUUCGGUGCUGCUCCUCAACCACCAACGAAUUCACCGUCUUUAUUUGGUGCUGCUCCUCAACCACCAACAACAAGUCCACAUGAUCAGGAAAACAUUGUAAGAAGUAGUUACAAUAGUUACAAGUCAUUGCUUUUUCCACCUGCAUUAUCAGAACAGGAUUGUGCUAGCAAGCCUUAUGUGGCUCAAACAAGUUCAUAUGGAAAUUUUCCUGAUGAUGAGCAGCAAAAAGUGAAAUUGUGUACUAUUAUUGCAUUGAUUUAUUUGGAAGUGGUGAUGAUGAAGGAUUUUAAAGACGAAUGUGAUAUUUGUUAUGAAAAAUCUAAAAAAGCAUUAACAACGAAAUUUAAUGAUUAUAAUGAAGAGAAUGUCAAGAAUGUUAUGGAUAGUGUUAGGAAAUGGAUAAAUGAUUGGAUCAAAGAAUAA